GCGUAAGAGAGCGGCCAUGGACCAUCAGCGGCAGAGGACUCUGUCCACCUCAGGAGAAUCGCUGUAUGUUGUCCUCGGAGUGGACAAGAAUGCGACAACAGAGGACAUCAAGAAAUGUUACAGAAAACUGGCGCUGAAGUUCCACCCGGACAAAAACCCGGACAACCCGGACGCCGCCGAGAAGUUCAAAGAAAUCAACAACGCUCACUCCAUCCUGGUGGACCCCACCAAGAAGAACAUUUACGACAAAUACGGCUCGCUGGGCCUCUACGUGGCCGAGCAGUUCGGAGAGGAGAACGUCAACACCUACUUCGUUCUGUCCAGCUGGUGGGCGAAGGCUUUGUUUGCCUUUUGCUGCGUGGCGACAGGCUGCUACUGCUGCUGCUGCCUGUGCUGCUGCUGUAACUGCUGCUGCGGUAAAUGUAAACCGCGGCCGCCGAUGGACCAGGACCCCGAGUUCUACGUCUCCCCCGAGGACCUGGAGGCCCAGAUGACUGCUGAGGAGAGAGACGGCAGCGACCCCAUCGUGGUUCAGCCGUCGUCGGCCACAGAGACCACCCAGCUCACCGCCGACGCGCACCAAAGCUACAAGACCGACUCCUACUAGACGCGCCCCGCACAAACACACACUCCACACCUCAAAAGACAAAGAGAAACUGCUAGGGCUGGGGCGGACGUCCGCUUCCAUCUGUCAUCCGUACUUCUGUCAGGAUUUCUAUACAUUUCUAACACUAGAUAACCUGCGUCAGCCUCUGAAUCGCUCCUCCCCCAAAGCACUAGCGUUCUCAGAAAGAAUCAGCCAUAGCACGUCUUCCUCCUCGUUGCCAACUCAGCGUCUUUGUCGCUGGGAUUUCCUUUUUUUUUUAAAAGCUCAUCCACAGCGGCGGUUUCCACCGACAGCUGGCCAGAACCGAGCUCAUUCGGCGCGGCUUUGAGCUUUGUGUGCACAUCCUCGUUAAAAUAUCACUUUUUAAAUUAUUCCACCUUUAUUGUGCCGUAUGUUGUGCAAUUUAAAUUAAUAUUAAAUCUGUUUUGGGGGGGAAAUGAAGAAAAAAACGGUGGAACGACCUGGUUAAACAAGUCUGCACAUCUAAUACCUGAUUGAAGCCCUUUUUGAUUCGAUCUCAGCAUUCAGCAAAUAUCUCUGGGAAAUAUCUCAAAUAUCUAUCAGCAAAGGUUCUCUAAAUCUGCCAUAAGUUGAAGAUAUCUGUGGUUCGCAGCCCUCCUCGGGUGGCCCGUCUCAUUUCCUGCUGAUGAGGCGCUUCUCGUGUGGACCCGGAUGGAUGCGGCGCUCUCCGUACGGCCGGAGAAUGACAGGGUUCCCACGGGUCCUUGAAAUCCUUGAAAGUUUGUGAAUCUGAAAAAAAUAAUUCAAGGCCCUUGAAAG